GCCGCCGCCUUGUUCCCACGGAGCAAGCAUGGAGCCGAGCCAUGAAUGAGCACCUAUCAGCGGCCAUGAUAAUAACUUUCUAGCUGCCUUUUUUUUGUUCUACCUCUGCUCGGUGACGCGGUCCAGGCCCGGCCGUACGCUCUGUGCACCUGUCCUCCCAGGUGCUCCCGGACACAGCGCUUGGUCAGACUGCGGGAUAUGUAAUAAGAGCCCAGUGCACAGGUAGAGAGAGGGUCGCACCGUGAGCUGCAGAAUGGCAGACGAACUCUUCUGUAAAGUUGUGUCUGUUGUGAUCAAAUGCCGGGAUUGUGAAGACAGGCGCACCAAUGUUAGGUUAACUGUUGAAACACGUUCCUCAACAAAUCCGGUUCAUAAAAAGGAUUUAAUAGUUCGUCUGUCAGAUGAUAAAGAUCCAUUUUUCCUGUAUAAUCUUACUUUAGGGGAAGAAGAUUUCCAAAGUUUAAAGAACCAGCAAGGACUACUAGUAGAGUUUUCUGCGUUUCCACAGAGAUUUAUAGACCUCUUAGAGCAAUGCAUUUUGGAGCAGGACAAAGCUGUUCCCAGGUUUUUACUGCAGCUAUUAACAUCUUCAAGUGUACCAGACUGUGCUCCUGCAAACUUAAAUAUUAUAGAAACAAACCCAUUCAAGCACCUUACUCACCUUUCGUUAAAACUUUUAGCAGGAAAUGACAGCGAUGUAAAGAAAUACCUUGCUACUUGUAUACAAAAUUUAAAGUUGGAAAAUAGUUCUUUAAAAGAAAAGCUUCAACAAACACAAGAGGAUCUUUCUAAAAGACUUUGUGUCACACAACAGGCCUUGUCAGAGAAGUGCAAAGAACUGGAUAAGCUGCGGAAUGAAUGGACAUCUCAGACUUCUUUAUUAACUAGCAAGCAUACACAGGAAAUCACUGCAGAACGAGAGAAAGCAUUGCAGAUUCAAACUCAGUGCCAGUUCCAGUAUGAACAUCAAAAGAAAGAAUUGGAAGCUUCAAGCAGCAAAACAAUACAACACUUGGAAUCAAGAGUAAAUGAACUAGAAUCCAUUAAUAAGGACCUCACAGAGAGGAAGUACAAGUCUGAGUCAUGUAUACGAGAACUUAAAAGCAAACUCUCCGGAAUGGAAGAGGAGUGCCACAGAACAAAACAGGAGGUAACUUCUCUUCGAAGAGAGAAUGCCACUCUGGAUUCAGAAUGUCAUGAAAAAGAGAAGCUUAUUAACCAAUUCAAGACGAGAACUGCUGUUCUAGAGCAGGAAGUCAAAGACAAAGAACAAGUCGUAACUCGAAGUGUAAAUGCUUGCGAAAGUGUUCAGGAACACAAGAAAAAGCUAGAAGAAUCACUUGAACAAAAACAGCUACAAACUGGAAAACUGGAAGCAACUGUGAAAUCCCUUUCUGAAGAACUUAUAAAAGCUAAUGAGAUUAUCAAAAAACUACAGACCGACAUGAAGAAAUUAAUAGAGAAGAUAAAGAUUAAAAAUGCUGUGACAAUGCAGCAAGAAAAGUUGAUUGGAGAAAAGGACCAUAUCUUGGAGAAGGACAGAGCAGAGCUAAGCAAUCUGAAGCAUACCUUGAAGAUCAAAGAAGAAGAGCUAGUAAAGUUAAAAGAGCAACUGGACAACACAAUGGAGAAGUUGGAAGAAGGCAAACAGUUGUUAAAGACUAAUGAAAAUGUAAUUUCUUGGCUUAACAAGCAAUUAAACGAAAAUAAGAUUGCAUCUUUACAAGGAGUGCAAGCAUUGUAUGAAAUACCUGCAUCAGUUAAGGCAGUCAAUGGUGCUUCAAACCUGGGAGUCAUGCAAAAUAGUCAGGUAAGAUUCCAUCUGAACUCUGCUUCUGGUUCUAGUCCUGAGCCAAGACACCUUCCUUCAACAUCUACUCCCAUUGCACCUCCUACCUCAAGUGAUCCAGUCGGGUUAGAUAUGAAAUACCUGAAGAAAAAUAGCAGUGUUCCUACCAGAGGCCCAAAGAAUGGAAAUGGAACCAGCAACUCUAAACCAACUCUAACAAAAUCUGGGAGCUCACCAAUUCUUUCAGCCUACUUCCCUGGACAACAGCCCAGACUUCCAGCUAACUAAAAAGGAAUUGUAUAUUGUGUAUUAUUUUUUAAGGAGAAAAAAUGGGAUGUACAGUAACUGAAUGAACCUUCUGGUUUGUUUACAACUAUAGUUAAUAAAAACUGCCAAAAACUAUUCAACACUGUAUCCAAAUAAAUGUCAACUGUUUAUUGCCAUUAUCGUUAUUUGUUUGCUAUCUUAUUGCAUAGGAAGAGUAUGUUUUAGAAGUAAAAUUCCAUAAUUGCUCAUAGCUCCCUAAAUGUUAACAAAAAUAUCUGUUUAUAGCUGUAAAUAAAUUUAGUGCACCAAGGUUUGUGUAUUCCUUACUAAAUACUUUCACAAUUAAAUUAAAUGGGAAAAAAUAACAACCUGCAAAUUUAGGUCUGUCCUUGCUGUGAAAUAUUUGUAGAGCACUUAAGAUGUUGAGAAGUCUAGAGGAGUUAAUAUUUUUUACUGACUGACCUUUGUUCAAGUAUGGAAAUCUUUUAUCGUCUUAAGUACUUCUUCAGAAAAUGUUGUGAUGCAAAGAGCAGAGGCAUUUAUUGCACUCAUUUUGCUGUAGGAAAUGCAGUCUAAUUUAAUUUUUUUGAACUUUUGUAUUCAACGUGUGUUAAAAUGGUGUACCCCAAACUGAUAUUUAAUGUAAUGUAAGCUGGUAAUCAGUCAAAAAUAUUUGCAAAAUGUGAUGGUAGAUUCAACCUAAUCUGUCCGUUGUCUCACUGCUCCAGGAGUCUUGCAUUACAAAAGAUUGGUGUAGAUGUUAAUUUGGAGCAAAGAUUUAUUUCCUUAUUUUUUGCCAGAACAAAUAGACAC